AUGGAGUACCUGCCAUGGUUUUCAAAUUCACGGGAUGCUUCAAUGGGCAUAGAUGGUUCGGAGUCGGUUCCAGAGUCAAGCAACCUCAAUGGCUCGAAUACUGAAGUCCCCAUUGUUUCAUUUGAACCAAAUACUGGACGUGUUGAUCCUGGACAGGAAAUUUCCAUUAACGUCUCUUUAAGCUGUUCCCAUGCGGGUCAAUACAUUGAGCGAAUACCGUGUGACGUCGACUUUUUGCCGGAUUCACCACUUUGGCUUCAAGUGGAAGCGGAAUUUCGUACAACUGAACUGGAGGUCGAUCAGCCGGAUUGCGAUUUCAAUGUGGUCCGAUUGGGUUCGAGAGUUAGCCGACCCCUAGUGCUAACCAAUCGCUCAUCGUCCGCCUUCCGCUGGCACUCUCUCGCGCAAUCGCCUCUUGAUACGUCCACCAACGUGAGUAAAGUUUGGUUGGAACCCUCUGAAGGACGUAUAGAGCCGUUCACCUCACUCAACGUGAUGGUCUUUCUUGAAUCGUCAGUGUGUUGCAGCAUCCGGAAAUUUGUAUGGAUCGUGGACGAGGUCGGCUUCCAUGUGCUGUGCAUUCGGGUCUCCGCUGAGGUUCAGACUCCAUUGGUGGACAUAGAGCCGAGCCGGAUUUAUUUCGAUCCAAUAUACCGGUCAAUUGAGGCCUCAACACUUGUCAGCCUUGUGAAUCUGACAGCGCUGAAGUGUAAAUUUGCUUGGUUAAAUCCAAGUGGGCCUGAUGCUGAGUGGAUCGAAGUCAAAGUGAGUCCAGAAGCUGGUAAACUCAGCAGCCGAGAAACCCUGAGUGUGAAACUAACUUUAAAGGCAAAAAGACAGCAAUCAAUCAGGCAGCUACAGUUGCCUUGCUACAUCGAAGGGAUGGAUGGUUACUUGGAAUGUUCCGUCUUCGGAGAAGUGCGUGGCCUCACUGUCUACAUCUCUGCAAUGAAUGAUGUGCCCCUUCAAUCCGAGGAACUGUCUGCUACGCGGGUCGAACUGGUCGCUUCGACAGACUGCGUCAUUCCCUUGGAAAGGCCGCUUAUCAAAUUUGAUGAGGAAAUGGAGUUGUACUCUCCUUCCUGUCGAUGGAUUGAGGUUGUCAAUCCAACUCCAAUAAAUGCACAAAUUUCAUUUGAGUUCCAUACGUUUGGCCUUCAGCAACGAUGCGAGGUGAACACUGCCUCCUGCCCCUACUUGUUUGGACUGCAGGUUGUUGAGCCUGAACUCGAAGCAGACCGUUGGGAAGCGGGAUCAGAACGAAUGUCACAACGACGUAAACUUUAUGAAUGGUGCAAAGUAUUUUUGACACCUCCACGAUGCGCCUCUUUAUUUGCAUUUACAAGUCUCCGCAAUUCAGAUGGUAUUACCUACAAGCAAAGCAAUGCUACCAAACACAUUUAUCUCCCAGAACCUAGUUGGCUCGUGCCCGCAUUCCAGUGCCUGCGCGUAUGCGUUGUUGCUGUGGCAAAUUUAUGGGGAGUCUAUGAAGACCACAUAACUUUGAGAGUAGAAUCAACCGAUGGGGACGAAAACGACACUGCGAAAUCAGCAUCAUCACUUCGACUGCCUGUGCAGUUCAGUGUGGUUGGUUGCCCGAUAUUUUUCAUCCCGAAGAGUCCAUUUGGUGAGGUUACCAACCGCAUUGGACAGCUGAUACCCAAGUCGGAGAGAUCGAAACCUGUACUGAAACUUUUCACCGAGAAUCACAAACAAAUUAAUGCUCGAUUUGGAGAUAGCCUACUCGGAGGUCCCCCCGUGACAAGAAUCGUUCGGUUGCACAAUUCGGCAUCAGUCCCCGUUCGAAUCUGCUGGCAGAUUUAUACUGCGAUGGAGCAGACAAACUCGGACUCACUGAUUGAGUUGGUCUGCUACACAUUCCCUCCUUUUGAAGCCAUGGAUCAAGGAGAUGCUUGUUUACUUGAAGACGCAACGGAUGAUCACACACCCGGACCCUUCGAUCAGCGCCUGGUAAGUGUGCUUAUCCGGCCUAGAGAAGGGCGACUUAUUUGGCAGUCGGGCGGAUCUCGCAUUGCAACCGAUGCUAUCUCCCGCAAGUCUCCGUUCACAUUUAGUCCUGAGCAGCUAACGCUUCGAGCACACCAGUCCGGUGCAGUGUCAAUAACAUUCGACCCAAGACAUACUUUGGACUUCAUGAACGGUCAGAGCAAAGCCAAACUACACGCAUAUGCCUCUGGCUAUUUACAUCUUGACAACUGCGACGAGUCUGGAGUGAAUAGAAAUCAAGCACUCAUGGCAGAUCAUCUGAGGGUGGAUUUAAGUGCUGGAGUGGAAAGACCAAGCAUAUGUCUUGUAUUAGAUGACGCGAUUUCGGAGUCUAACUCUCCUUCCGAAACGCAAACCAGAUGCCUCCAUUUCACUGCUACACUGGGAGAUCUACUCCCAUCGAAUUCGCCCCAACAACCUAUUCAGCCUUUUACCUCUAAAGCUGAUCGAGGCACAGUUGAACAGCUACCACCUUUCGCAUUGCUGAGUGAAACGACGGUUCAGAGAUCUGUUGGCAUCCGCUGCGCGAACAACACUCCUGUACAAGUCCGGAUGACGAUUUGCGAGGACACAAAUUUUGGAUUUGUGGAUUGUAAUGGUUCUCUAACGGAAGCCAAGUCUGGUGGAGUUUUAGUGAAAACAAAGGAACUGGUCGUGAAUCCAUCCCACACAGAGCAGAUUGUGGUGCAAUUCCGACUCACCUCAUCAUCUAUCACAUCAGCUGGAAGAAUACGACAAUCGAAGACGCCAAGGAGUGUCACACCUGAUGAAGUAUACUCGGAACAAAGCGGGCAGUUGGACUUGGUUGCUUUUUCGCCGAACUCAGAUUGUCUCAAUCCAUUGUUCGUAAAUACCUACAAACUGCAGUUGCGAGUGAAAGUUUUUGGACCAAGCCUGAGAAUUCUUACCCAAGGCCAGUUGGAUUUUGGGACUGUGUAUAUUAAUGUUUCACGCACAAUGGAGAUACGAAUCAUCAACGAAGGUGAAAGCCGAUCACUCUGGAUAGCACGUAUCGAAGAUGUGUCUGAGACAGAUGUUCAAAUUGACGCUAUGGACGUACCGAGCAAGACCCCACGAGCGAAAUCCGGUUCCUUUGAUAGUAACCCGUUCAGGCUCCCAAUCAACCGCGGAUUUCUAGAGAAAUGCUCCAACAACGAGUCUAAACACAUCGCCGCAAUACCCAUCGGUUUCUGUCCACCGUAUACAGGGCACUUCAGCGCGACAUGUGUCAUUUCAGGAAUACUCGGAGAGGCCGAACAGUGCAUUAAACUGGUCGGAAUCGGUUCCAUGGAUCAACGCGUUGUAACAUUCGGGAGUUGA